AAAGUUUGCGCCGGAAAACAACAGAAGGAGUUCACCUCCGUCACUCUUCGCCUCAUCGGCCUCAACUGUCUCCCACUCCUGUCUGCUCUCUCUCAGUCUCGCCUAUUUAAACCUCUGCAUUGAUGAUGACACAGACCCACCUUCUCUCCAAAAACCCUUCGUUCCUCUUCUUCUCUCCCAACCCUUUGAUUCGCACUCACACCACCAUUCCCACCUCGUCCCUCACGUUCAACCAAGUCCCAAACCUUUGCUCCCCACUCUCUCUCUCGCUCUCUCGCCGACACGCAAUGGCCUCCAACUCCGAGCUCUCCAACGGCCUCAUCGCCGACGCAGUUCAAGAUUCCGAGCUCGACCGCUUUGCCCAGGUCGCCAACGAUGUCGCCGACGCCGCCGGAGAAGUCAUUCGGAAGUACUUCCGGAAGAAGUUCGAUAUUAUCGACAAGGAGGAUCUGAGUCCUGUAACAAUUGCAGACCAAUCAGCAGAGGAAUCUAUGGUUUCAAUUAUACUAGAGAGUUUUCCUUCUCAUGCAAUUUACGGAGAGGAGAAUGGGUGGAGGUGCGAAGAGAAGUUUGCGGACUAUGUUUGGGUUUUAGAUCCAAUAGAUGGAACAAAGAGUUUCAUCACUGGAAAACCAUUGUUUGGUACCCUCAUUGCUCUGUUAUACAGGGGUAAACCGAUUCUUGGCAUAAUCAAUCAGCCUAUUCUAAGAGAGAGAUGGAUUGGAAUAAGUGGAAGGAGAACAACACUAAAUGGACAAGAAUUGUCUACUCGCUCUUGUGCAAAACUGUCACAAGCCUACUUGUACACUACAAGUCCUCAUCUAUUCAGCGGAGAUGCAGUAGAAGCAUUUGCUCGUGUUAGAAACAAGGUAAAAGUGCCAUUAUAUGGCUGUGACUGCUAUGCUUAUGCUCUUUUGGCUUCCGGUUUUGUGGAUCUUGUUGUUGAGUCUAGUCUGAAGCCAUACGAUUUCCUUUCACUAAUACCUGUAAUAGAAGGUGCUGGGGGUGUUAUCACUGAUUGGAAAGGAAACCAGCUUCACUGGGUGGCUUCUCCAGAUUCAAGUGCAACAAGUUUUAACGUAUUGGCGGCUGGGGACAAACAGGUUCACCAACAAGCUGUAGAUUCAUUACAAUGGCAGUGAACAUUUGCACUGAACUGUAAUAUGUAAAAGACUAUUCCCUGAAGGAUGUAGAUGGACCUUUAUAAUUCAAAAAAAUUGACUGCAAAGAAUCAGUUAAGAGGAUCUGAAGUUUGUGCAUACUGAAAAGCAAUUGCAGGGCUAUUUUCAUCUUGUAUAAUAUGUGGAAUUUCAUUA